AUGGCUGCAGGCUCGCCCCCACGUCAUCUGCAAAGGUCCUCGCACCGCCGCACGCCCUCGAGCCUCGAAAUCGUCCCCGAAGACGUGCCCGCCAUGUCGACCCAGGACCCCCAGUCCAGCGCCGUUCCCCAGUCCAGCCCAGUCCCCCAGUCCAGCGCCGUUCCCCAGUCCAGCCCAGUCCCCCAGUCCAGCCCAGUCCCCCAGUCCAGCCCAGUCCCCCAGUCCAGCCCAGUCCCCCAGUCCAGCCCAGUCCCCCAGUCCAGCCCAGUCCCCCAGUCCAGCCCAGUCCCCCAGUCCAGCCCAGUCCCCCAGUCCAGCCCAGUCCCCCAGUCCAGCCCAGUCCCCCAGUCCAGCCCAGUCCCCCAGUCCAGCCCAGUCCCCCAGUCCAGCCCAGUCCCCCAGUCCAGCCCAGUCCCCCAGUCCAGCGCCGUUCCCCAGUCCAUCUCUGCCCUCUCCGCCGAUCCUGCCCCAGCCCACUCAACCCAUGCUGGCUCGGCGCGGCUACGUGAUCCCUCGCGCUCGCGCCCACCGCCGGCCUCCACCCCGGGCCUCUCGCGCUCCAACUCCUUCUCCAACAGCUCCUACCACGAUGACUCCGAAGACGACACGUCCUUCUUCCCCCCCGUCGAGCGACUGACCAUGUUCGAUUUCGUCGAGAACCUGGCCCUCACACAGCGCUUCGACAAGCUGCAGCAGUCGAUAUCAAGCCAGACGGAGAGGCUGAAGAACCAAGCCAAGAACCGCGGCAUCACACGGGACCGCGUCGUCGAUGAAUGGCGACGCCGCGUGCCCACCGAGGGCGAGCAGCUCGAUCGCUACAGAAGACGGAUGCGCAAGUCGGUCGAUCGCCUCAACGCGCGCUUCAACGAGUCCCUGACCGUCACCGCCCGAGAAAAGGCCUCGUUCAUCGCCGCCGUCAUGAACAUCUUCGUCUCCGGCUACCUGGUCGGCCUGCACCCCAACUACUUCCCCCACUGGUACACCGCACAGCUGCUAUGGUUCAUGCCUAUCCGCUACUACACCUACCACAAGAAGGGCUACCACUACUUCCUCGCUGACCUCUGCUACUUUGUCAACAUCCUCGCCGUCCUCAGCAUCUGGGUCUUCCCCCACUCAAAACGCCUCUUCAUCGCCACCUACUGCCUGAUCAUGGGCAACAACGCCAUUGCCAUCAUCAUGUGGCGAAACUCCCUCGUCUUCCACUCCAUGGACAAGGUCGUCAGUCUCUUCAUCCACAUCAUGCCCUGCGUCACGCUGCACUGCAUCGUGCACCUACUGAGCCCCGAGUACCAGAAGGACCACUACCCCGCCAUCUACAACAUCCGCUACUCAGACCCCUCCUCUCCCCAUCACUACAGCCUGCCGCAGAUGAUGAUGUGGGCUACCCUUCCCUACGCCUUCUGGCAGCUCACCUACCACUUCCUCAUCACCGUGCGCCGCCGCGACAAGAUUGCAGCUGGGCGUCCUACCAGCUUCACCUGGCUGCGCAAGUCCUACGCAAAGACCUGGAUCGGCAAGUUUGUCCUUUCUCUGCCAGACUUCCUGCAAGAGCCGGCCUUUAUGGGCAUCCAGUACUCCUACGCCGUCCUCACCAUGCUGCCAGCCCCCCUCUGGUUCUGGUACCGCUGGGCUAGCGGCAUUUUCCUCACCGUCGUCUUCAUCUGGAGUGUCUACAACGGCGCCACCUUCUACAUCGAUGUCUUCGGCAAUCAGUUCAAGAAGGAACUGGACGCGCUCAAGGCCGACAUCGCAAAGUGGCAGGCAUCUCCAGAAGGCGGCUACACGCCCUUCACCCCACUCGAGGGCGGUCAGGAGAAGCAGCUCGGAGACAUUCCACCCCUCGAGGGCAGCACUGCCGUCAAGCCCUCUGACGGUGAGGCUGAGAAGAGGAAGUAA